AGUGUGUUCCUCAGUCUCUCCAAGGCCAGAGACACAGAAGCUGUUUUACUGUUUAUGCUUAGCAGAAGACCAACACUUUGGAUUAACUUCAAAUUGUUCACUAGACAUACAGCUUCAUCAAUACACAGCUUAAUUAGACAAGGACUUUGGACAGCUACCACGACACCAGACCAUUUUGGACAGCUACAAGAGGAACUUUGCGAAAUUUGAAAACGUCUUCAAACAGUCUGGCGGUUAGUUAACACACCACUUGACUUGGUUGACUCAUCGCCACAUUUUGGGAGGUUUUGGUAACAUACAGAACCAGGAGAAAACUUGUGAACUGAAUCGUGGAAUUGUGGCCAAAACCAUGGUGUCCCGCCAGCCCAGUUGCACUGGAUCUGACUCUGGAUCCGAGUCCGAGAGUCUGGAUUCCAAGUCUGGAUCUCCAGAGAAGCACGAUGGUUCCACACGGCGGAGGAUGGCAGCCAACGCCCGUGAGAGGAAGAGGAUGCAGGGGCUGAACACAGCCUUUGACCGUCUCCGCAAAGUGGUCCCCCAGUGGGGCCAGGAUAAGCAACUGUCCAAGUACGAGACACUGCAGAUGGCCCUCAGCUACAUCAUGGCCCUCAGCCGGAUCCUGACGGACGCCCAGAAGCGCAAAGCCCCCCACAGACAGUGGCUGGACCUGCAGUUUGACUCUGUGCAGCCAGAGAACUAUCAGUGCUUCAGUACUAUCAGGUACAGCUCUCCAGUUGAACAGGAGUACAUGCAUUCGUCCUUUCCCUACCAGUACGACGGCCUCCAAGUUCCUACAUAGACUAGAUGGAAAACUGAAAAACUAGUCAUGUUGUUUGAGGUGAACGACAAUCUGUACUUGUUUUUAUGAUGCAGGCGUUUUUCUCCAACCCAGGAGUCAAUAAAUAGAUUUGUAUUGCUUUUUAUUUAUAAUUUAUAAAAAAUCUAUUUAUUGACAUUUGUUUAUUUUUUAUGAUUAUUAAGUUUAGACAUACGUUUAAUCAAAAAUUCUUCCAAACAAAGCAAUUGACAGCUUGUAUUGCAUUUCAGUGUACUGUACUGCAAUUGAUUUAGCAAAGAGUUGGUUCCUCUGUAAACUCUUCCCUGGUAAACACAGACAUCUUGGCUUUCUCUAUUUUCUCUCUCUCUCUGUACUGUUGGGAAGGGCCCGUAAGUAAACAUUUCGCUGUUAGUCUACACCUGUUUUUAAUGAAGCAUGUGACAAAGAAAAUUUGAUUUGAUUUGUAUCAAAUCUUCCAGAUGAGACCCUGACAUCAUUUUGUGUAAUUUAUAGUGAAUGCGAAUCAUAGGAUUACAAGUGGAGUUAUUUGCCCCAAUUGUUAUUGUGUCAAAAAACAGUGACAUUUUACGACUUUGGUAAGAUACAUUUUGAAUCUAUUUUUGUAAAUGUUAAACUUUUUGCCAUAGAGUCUAGUUAACAUAAUGUUCUCUAGCCACGAAAUGUAGGCAUUUUGGAAAUUCUACAUGUUUUUUUGUGCUCUUCAGUUUUUCUAAACUGUGUUUAAAACUGUGUUUGUUUAAUAAUAAUUUUUCUACCGAAAUAAAAGUUGCUAGCUAUUUUAUUGAAAUUGCUUUUGAGUUGUGU